AACUCAUUUGCUUAGAUUUGCUUUAAUUACUUUUACGUAUAUAAAACAUUUUAGAUUUUAUGUGUUUCCAUUUUUGGAGAAAGAGAGAAGAGAGGAUACGAAUCCUUUGGGCCAUUGCUGACUUUGCUGGUUCAAGAGAUCCUUAACAAUGACGAUGGCUUCGACUCCCCUUUUUUCUCAACACUUCACAGUAUGCGCCGCCCGCCGUCCGCCGUCCGCCGCCGACAGCAGUCAAUUUCAUGGAUUUCACUUCAUAAAUGGUCUUACUGACCAUAGAUUUCCUCUGAUAGUUGGAAAAUGGCUGUGUUCUUUCGAUGAAAUGGAAUGAGGAUGAUUGAGUAGAAUUUAGAAAUGAACCCAAAAACCCAAAUGGGAAAAAUAAUAUAAAAUUCCAAGUGGAACAAUGAAGUUGAAAAGUUGAUUGCAUUAGCAUCCACGUCGUAUCGCGUUAAAGGUACCGUCUUUUCCAGAGAAAGUGGUAUUUAUAAUUGGCGAGACGUGACCAAACUUCUCUGUCCACAUUUCUUGUAACUUGCGACUAACCCACAAGAAGAUAGUCAUGGGGAGGUUGUUCGUUGUGAACCUUGAAGGAAGGAUCUAUAGCUGCAAACACUGCCGAACCCAUCUUGCUCUUUAUGAGGACAUAGUUUCCAAGUCUUUCCAAAGCAGACAUGGAAAAGCUUACCUCUUCAAUAAAGUAGUGAAUGUUUCUGUUGGAGUGAAAGAAACGAGAAUGAUGAUGACGGGAAUGCAUACUGUUGCUGAUAUCUUUUGUGUUGGCUGUGGAUCAAUUGUGGGAUGGACAUAUGAAACUGCCUUUGAGAAAAAUCAGAAAUACAAAGAAGGAAAAUCGGUACUGGAGCGGUUCAAGGUUUCAGGGCCUGGUGGAACCAGUUAUUGGGUUAGUCAUACUCAUAGUCAUGAAACAGGCCAUGGUGGAGGAAGUGAUGCAGAUGAAGCUUGAUGAUGAUGACGAUGGUGAUGAUAUUAUUAUUCCAACUGUAUAUACUACACAUCCAAUGUUCAUAUUCUUCAGCUCAUUGUUCUUCAACUGUCAUUCCUCAUUUCAGCAAGCAAGCAGCUAACUUGCUUGCUGUUUUGUAACAACACUCAAAACAUUUCACUGUUUAUUCUUCUUUAACUUGAUAUUCAAUAUCACUUUGCAAUA